AUGACCAAGGAAGAAUAUUUGCAAGAAUCUAUUAGAAAUCUUUCUGGAUUUUCUUUUGCUGAUAUGAUCAACCUGAGCAAGGAGGAAUUCUAUAAAGCACUAGAAAGUAGAAAAGGCCCAAAACGUGUGGUAAGCGCUUCUACCACUCCAUUGGAUUCUGAUAGUAGUGACGAUGAAAGUCCAAAACCAUCUUCCUCAUCAGGCAAGAGAUCAUAUUCAUAUGAUCAUCUAUUCUCUAGACACGAUUUGAGCUCCAAGUUAGAUAUCAGACCCAAAUGCAAAUAUGGAAAUACUUGUAAUCAGUUAUAUGAUGAAAAGCAUAUGAAGGAAUUCUCACAUCCAUUCCUACCUCCAUGUUGUUUCAAAAACUCUUGCUCUGAAUAUGGUGAUGAAGCUCACAAGUUUUCACAUCCCUGUAGAUAUGGCUCUCAAUGUAGAGAAUUGAAAGAUCCACAUCACACCCAAUACUAUUCUCAUGCAGAGAGAAAGGUUUGUGAACAUGACAAGGAAUGUCUUUGUAUUCAUGAUAGAGAUCACAUGCUUAGAGUUAAGCACACUGGUGCAUUGGAUUUCAGGCAUGAGUAUAUCAAUCAAGAUAUAGACUUUGAUGCCAAUGUUGUAGCUCUUUCCAGUUCUAUUAGCAAUUAUUCAAUCAAUACUGGAGACCUAGCAUUGAUAAACAUGUUAUCAAAAAUUGACUCUGGAGAUCGUAGUGUAGAUUUCAUAUAUGAGUAUGUUAAUAGAAUUAGCCCACAACACAGAUGUAAAGAACCAAUAUUAAAACUCAUUCUAUCGCAUGGCACUUUACUAUCAAGAGUUUUCCAAAAGAAAAUGACAAGCUCACCAAAGGAAGCAUGCAUGGAGCUUGUUUUUACAAGUCCUUUAAUUACACAAUCCAUCAUGCAUGAAAGACUCACAUUAUCCAAUGAUGUUAAAAAGUGGAUUGUGGAAUUGUUGAACUUUCAGAUAGACCAACGUGACAAUAAGAAUCCUAAAUCUGUGACUUGCAAAUUAAAAUUAAGCAAAAAAUGCCAGCAGGAGGUAGAAGGUGUGAUUAAGGACAUUGUUCGUGCCGUCUUUUCACACACAGUUACUGGUAUUGGUUGCCCAUUGGAUUUAGCUGUGAAAACAGACCAACAGGUUUUUUCAAUUGUUGGUAUUAAUAAGGCAGAUUAUUAUGGUGAUAUUCUUUUCAUACUUAAUAGGAAAAUCAUGUUCCAUCCAGAUUUUAACAUGAGUUUGGAAGCUGCCACUCAUUAUGUGGAUCGCCCUGGAGAAGCUUCAAAGACAAACAAGUGGAGAAUCCCUCCUGGAAAUAAUUCAAACAGUAAUUAUGAGAAUGCCAAAUUGCACCCAGCUGCCAAAAACUUUCACAAAUUAUUAGCUAAGGAUAUGGCAGUAUAUCAUUUCAAAUUAUUUGGUUCUUUGCCUAAAUCUGUUGAUGAUUUGGUAAAUACCUCACUCCAUGAAGAUCCACACAAUGUAUACGAAGGUCAUUUACCUCCAAUAGUCCCAGUAUCUUAUAUUUCCCACGUUAUUAUGCCAAAAAAGGUAUUUGAUAACCUGUCUGAUGCAGAAAAAAAAGUACUCAAAGUUGUCAUUUUGAAAAACAAAGCAGAUAGAUUAAUAUUCAAGGACUCUGGGCAUCAUCACCUUAUCAAAUCCCAACAAUUAUGGGAUUGCAAGAAGCACAAAUUGACUGAAAUGUAUUUAGGAAGAUUAUUGUCCUUCUCUAUCAUGUAUCAAUAUGGAAAGUUCAGUAUGUUGCCUCAAUUAGCUCUUCAUUCAUCAACAAAAACAGUUAUUGAACUGUGCAUCAGAGGAAAGGAUAUUGGUAUAUGUCUUUCACCAACCAAGAAGGCAGAUAGAUCCAAUUCCCUAUUCAUCAUCAUCAACAAGGUUUUCUUUUGGAAAUCCAACAAGACUCCAUCAACAAUAAUUACUGACGGCAAGAAGGAGUUGAAAAAGGUCAAGGAAUUCAUCCUGGGUGAUAUCUUUAUGGAAAGAUAUAUUUACUAUACCAUCACCUAUAAACCUGGUAAAAAGUUGAGAGUGGAGAGAAAGAACAUGAAUAUUAUUUCCUCUAAAAAGGCAUCACAAAGUAAAACAACCAACUCCACUCCCAAUAAGAAUGCUCAAAAUUCCUCUCUACAAUCAACUCCUAACAAAUCUUCAUCAUUAAUUAAAUCUAAUUCUAACCAACAAUGUUCAUUUCAAACACCAACUAAAAGUAGUACUACUCUCCGAACACCAUCAUCAAUAGCAUCAUCAUCCUCUCUAAAAUCGUCCAUUGUUUCCUCCUCGUCAUCAUCAACUGAUGUUUAUCAGGUAGCAAAGAAUGCAGCCCUCUCAUCCAAUGAGAGAAAUACAGAGCAAUGUCUACGAGCCAUCAAGUAUUUUGCAGAGGGAAAGUUUGAAUUGGCUCUGGGUCAGAUUAGUUUGCAAACAACCAAGUCAUUUCUCUCCAAAUUGGUUUCGUAUAAAUGUUUCUAUCACAUGAGUGAAAUUGAGAAGGCACUGCUUGUUUUGAAAAAUCUGUACAAUGAUACAACCACUCUGACUGAGAGAGGUGAGGAGGAUGUGAUUGGUAGUGUUCAGAUCAGUAUCAUGUUUGCCCAAAUUGUUCUCUUCAAACUCAUUCCAAAACGAUUGACAUUCAAGUGUUUAUUGGCUGAGGAGAGUGAAAUUCUUGAGAGUGGGGAAUCUAUUAGUUCUGAUUUGGAUAUAAUUAAGGAAUAUUUGAGAAAAAUUGUAAAUAUGUUGGAUAAAGCAAGGGAAGAUUUGAAGAAAUUAGAGAAUGAAUGGAUUAAUUUUGAUAGAGAGGAGGCACCUUUCGAUUUGACAUCAAUUAUCAAUCAAUUGAAGUGGUUUAUUAUGUUUUACAAGGGUGUGGCCCAUUUUAGAACCUACGAGUAUGUAUACACUAAGAAUGAUUAUGAGGAGUGGAAGAAAAUUUUGGAAACGCUUUCGAAAAAGGGCCAAUUUCUGCAUGUAGACUUUUUUUACAUGCGCUCACACUUAUCAUUCAUGGAGGGUGAAUUAGAGAAGGCACUAUUUUAUUUAAAUAAGGCAGAAAGAUCAGAGGAGCAUUGUAAAAAAACAAUUAAGGAACAUGUGGGUGGUGUCAAUGCAACAGAUGCCAUGUGGAUACUUGAUGACAGUGCUCUUUCUUUUGACGUAUUUGACAUGAUUCAGGAUUUAAAAUCCAAAAUUACAUUUUCACAAUAUCUGGAAAAGAGAAUGGUCUUAAGAGAGGUGUCAGAAAAGAAGGAAUUGGAACGUCUCAUUAGAGAAAUCAGAUCAGUUAGUAUUAAGAGAAGACAACACAAUGCUUCACUCGCUGAGAGAACUAAACAAUUUGAUGGAUUCUUGGGUACAUUAGCCCAGACCAUGUUUAAGAACUUUGAUUGUUCUAUCAUUGAGAAAUUCAGAAUUUAUGGUCAGUAUAGAUAUGUGGUUCAUUUAGCCAAGAGUUUACUCAAUUCUGACAAGCCAUUAUCACAUUCUAUGAAGAUCGCCUGCGUACAUUAUCUAGUUGAAGCUCUGUACUAUCUGAAGAGGUUUAGUGAGUGCGUUUCAACCUAUUCUAUACAUUCGGAUUUAUUCAAAAAUAUUGAUUCGAGUCAGGAACAUAGAUUACUCAAAGUCAAUUACUUUGUUGUAGAUAGUACCAUUACAAUUAACUUGGAGGGUGGCUCUCUAACCUGGACCAUUCAGGAAUCAGAAGCACUCAUCAAGCAAAAUUUGAAAAUUACCAAAGAAGUUCGACAAUUAUAUCUAGCUCUCAGAUUUUACAAAUUUCUUGGACGUGAAUCAGCAGCCACAUUAUUGAAACAUCUAUUCACCUCCAUUCAGAAGGAUUCUUCGAUUACUUAUUCAGAAUUUUUCACUGUAGUCGAACAGUAUAGUUCCAGAAAUUUCACCAUCAAGAUUGGCACGAGCAAAUCCCUAAUAGCUACACCAAACAAGACCAACGAAGCUACUCCUCAGAAGAGUGCAACUCCAUCAGCUGUUGAUGACUUGGUUACCUAUUCAAAUUUUGAAGACUUUUCCCCACUUCGUUUACAAAGCAAAAUGAAGAAACAGAAUCAAGCACUUGAGGAAUUGAAGAGAAAACGAGAAGCUCAACAAUCAUCUUCAACAAAAAAGACAAAAACAGAAUAA